AUGGACAUCUUGGUCGACCUCUACAGCUUCUUCGAGGACAAUGUUCCCGGCGGCGCCUUCAGCGGCGGCACCCUCAUCAUCCUCAACGCGCGCCCUGUGCCCGCCGCCGUGUUUUCCAACUCCCGCCCUCGCCGCCAAGUUCAAGAGGCGCAUCCGCGCGACUGUCGAAACCCUUUACCCCUGACUGAGACGCGAGUGCUACGGCACUGA